AUGGCUUCGUACGGAAACAUCGAACAAUUCAACGUAAACGAACCAAAGGGUUGGGAGUCCUACGUCGAACGUAUGACUUUCUAUUUUUCGGCCAACGAUAUUGCAGAUGAGGCUAAGAAAUUAGCAAUUUUCCUUAGUUUGUGUGGACCUCACACUUGCGAAAUCCUGAGAUCUUCGCUUGCGCCGGAUAAGAACUACACUGGGGGCAAAUGGCUCAUAAUAGAAUUGGCUAAGGAGAAUUGGGAAAAGUCUUCAUCCAAUGCUGAAGAAGAAGAGUUGAAGAACAGAUGA